AUGGGCAUCUUUGGUGGCACACAUGGUUUACCUGCAUGCUGCAGCUCUGUGAGCAUCAAGGUCGUCAUCGGAUACCCACCGCGGCCGGCCUCCAUUUCCGCACCCGCCUCCGUCUCCACCUCCACCUCCACCUCCCUCGCCGCCGCGAAUACGAGGCCCCGCCCCGGCGCCGCCGUCCGCGCUUCCACCGCCUCGCCCUUCACCGAGGCCACCUCCUCCUCGUGCUACCGCCGUGAUGCCUGGUCCUACGCCGCCGACGGCUCCUCCAGCCCCGCGUCGCUGUCGUCGUCGCCCUCCGAUGCCGCCGCCGCGGCCGCCGCCGCCGUGGCGGGCUACCGGGAUGAUGAGAUCGCGCUGCAGCUGCCGGAGCUUCGGAGGCUCUUGGACGCGCAAAGAGCUUCCAGGGGGAGGAGCGCCGAGGGGGAGGGCGGCGGCAGCGGGCCUCGGAGGGUGGCGCUGGUCGGGAUGGGACCCGGGGACCCCGAGCUGCUCACGCUCAAGGUCGUCCGUGCCAUCGAGGCCGCGGACCUGGUGCUCUACGACUGGCUGGUGUCCAACGACAUGCUGGACUUGGUCGGGGAGGGCGCAAGGCUUCUAUACGUCGGCAAGACGGCGGGAUACCACAGCCGCACACGGAUUUCUGGGGCUUAG